CUUGGACGAAGCUCAGUCAGUUGAUAGCAAUCUAAGCUAAGCCCACGUUUAGCCAAAUUGCAAAUUUUUCGCCGGCCGGCCGCCUGCGCCCUAACACUUACACCACACGAGCCCACGGCCGCACAGAUGACCGGCCGCCGGCCACCCACGCUGGCGAGGAUCUAGUUCCUGCGAGACUGACUUCAUCGAAUCGAUGAGGCGGCAGACGGCGGGCGACAUCCCGCGGCGUUGAGAAGCUGCGGUCCACCUUCUCGGUCGGUGGGCCGUCGGCGUCGGAGUCUCGGACGUCGGACCACCAACGGCGGCGUCCGAGAGCUGGUCCUGGAGUGUACUUCGUGCAACAACCAUCGCGGCAUCGCCCGCCGUAUGCGCGGCCCGAAGAUGCUGACAUCCAUGCUCUCAAAAUCAACAGCCUCGCCGUCUCCGGCACGCCUCUAUCACCUCCUCCCCGUCUCUUCCCUCCAAACGACCAGCGAUCUCCGUCCUGCACCCAAUGGCGCAUCUCCUCCACCUCCGCCUCCUGCUCAAAUCCCCGCCUUCCUCUCCCCGUGCCCAUCUCCGUACAACCAUAGCAAUUACGCCACCAUCCUCCGAUCCUGCGUCCUCUCCAGAGCCGUUCGGCCCGGUCGGCAGCUCCACGCCAGGCUCCUCGUGUCGGGCACUGGCCUCGAUGCGGUCCUCGCCACCAGGCUUGUUGACCUAUACGCGUCUUGCGGCCAUGUGUCUCUUGCCCGUCGUGUGUUCGACGAAAUGCCCAACCAGGGGAACGUCUUUCUGUGGAACGUGCUCAUCCGUGCCUAUGCACGCGACGGGCCAUGCGAGGCGGCAAUAGAACUGUACCGCGCGAUGCUGGCAUAUGGUAGCAUGAAACCAGACAACUUCACCUAUCCGCCGGUUCUCAAGGCGUGCGCUGCACUCCUGGACCUGAGCGCUGGCCGGGAGGUGCACGAUCGUGUCAUGCGAACGAAUUGGGCCACUGAUGUUUUUGUAUGUACAGGCCUCAUCGACAUGUACGCCAAGUGUGGUUGCAUGGACGAGGCUUGGGCGGUGUUUAAUGACACCACAAUCAGGGAUGCUGCGGUGUGGAAUUCGAUGAUUGCAGCAUGUGGGCAAAAUGGGCGACCAGCAGAGGCGCUCACUCUGUGCCGUAACAUGGCGGCUGAAGGCAUUGCGCCAACGAUCGCCACUCUGGUGAGUGCGAUAUCAGCUGCAGCUGUUGCGUCUGCGCUGCCUAGAGGGAGGGAGCUGCAUGGAUAUGGUUGGAGGAGAGGGUUUGGAUCACAGGACAAGCUGAAGACUUCCCUUCUCGACAUGUAUGCCAAGAGUGGUUGGGUUAUGGUGGCGCAUGUUCUCUUUGAGCAACUUUUACACAGGGAGCUUAUUUCUUGGAAUGCCAUGAUCUGCGGAUUUGGGAUGCAUGGCCAUGCUGAUCAUGCAUUUGAGCUGUUUAGCAGAAUGCGGAGUGAGGCUCAGGUGAUGCCUGACCAUAUUACUUUUGUUGGAGUCCUAUCUGCUUGUAACCAUGGAGGAAUGGUACAAGAAGCAAAAGAAGUAUUUGAUCUGAUGGUGACUGUAUAUUCCAUCAAGCCGACAGUGCAGCAUUACACCUGCCUUGUAGAUGUUCUUGGUCACUCUGGUAGGUUCAAAGAAGCUUCUGAUGUUAUUAAAGGAAUGUUGGUGAAGCCAGAUUCAGGGAUAUGGGGUGCACUGCUAAAUGGUUGUAAGAUUCACAAAAAUGUUGAGCUAGCUGAAUUAGCCCUGCAAAAACUGAUUGAAUUGGAGCCUGAAGAUGCUGGUAACUAUGUGCUUCUAUCUAAUAUAUAUGCUGAAUCUGGGAAAUGGGAAGAAGCUGCAAGGGUGAGGAAGCUGAUGACCAAUAGAGGCUUGAAAAAGAUCAUUGCUUGUAGCUGGAUCGAAUUGAAAGGGAAGUUCCAUGGUUUUCUUGUGGGUGAUGCUUCUCAUCCUAGAUCAGAUGAUAUAUAUGAAGAGUUGGAGCGAUUGGAAGGUCUCAUCAGUCAAACUGGCUAUGUGCCUGACACCACGCCGGUUUUCCAUAAUGUGGAAGAUGAUGAAAAGAGGAACAUGGUAUGGGGCCACAGCGAGAGGUUGGCCAUUGCAUUUGGACUCAUUAGUACACCGCCUAGGACAAAGUUGCUUGUGACAAAGAAUCUUCGAGUUUGUGAGGACUGCCAUGUUGUCAUCAAGCUGAUUUCACAGAUUGAGCAGCGUGAAAUUAUCAUAAGAGAUGUUAACCGCUAUCACCACUUUGUAAAUGGUGAAUGUUCAUGCAAAGACCAUUGGUAACUUACACAAGCAAGAGUAUUGUUGUACACUAUCUAUUCCAUGGAAAUUAAAAAUGUCAGAAUGGUAAUCUUAUGUGAAAAACAAGACUAAUUUUACAAGCAUCCUUCUGAAGUGCUACUUAUUAGAUGUCUUAUAGAAUGCUUUAGACAAUGCACAUUACUUUUGCUGUGGAAUUUUCAGUCUAAAUCUUACAUGCAUAUAAGAAGGGCUCAUGAUGUUAAGGGCUGAGUAACCCAUUUUGUUGUUAGUGUUUUUGUAUUUUUUCUAAUAUAGGCAUAUAUUAAACACAAAAUAUGGUUAAAGUACACUAAAGGGUCAGUUGAGAGAGAUGCAUUUACUGGGAACACUGGAUAAUACACUGCGAAUAAACUCUCUGUUUUGUCUGAAAGCACCUUUAACUCUUUCAGUUCAAUUACUGGCUGGAGCAUUAUAAGGGAUCACAAAAAUGAUGUAGCUUGACACCUUUUCUUUUUACCACCUUCCCUUCAUAUGUUUGCUAUAUCAUGAUAUUUUAAUUAGUUAUGCUACAAACACUUUCUGCUACCAAUUUAUCAUGUUGAUGUGCUGAUGUUGACAUACUUGCAACUCUAAGUGGCCAGAGAUCACAGAGACAAUUCGAUUUGAAGAAGGCCAGCCAAAAGUCUACUGAUAGGUACAUAGUCUCUCAUUACUCUACUAUGUUAUUUCGUUGAACAAUUGAAGGGCAGGCCUGGUGCAGUGAUGAUAGUUGUUUCACUAGGUCGUGAGUUAGAAGCAGCCUCUCCGCUUUUAUGGGGGAAGGCAUGAAGACUCCACUCACGUGGGAGCCUCAAGCAUUGGGCCUGCCUGCCCUUUUUUUAUCGUGUAGUUCCUGACGUGUACAUGUUCACUGUAAGAUAAUCUGCUGCCCCCUUUUGAACUUUUGCUGCAGCAGAGAGAUUGUAUUUUGGUCAGCUCUUGCUGUCCAACUAUUGUACUGUAGGAGUAUGGCAAUAGGCUAAUGAUAUAGUGGCAUACAUCAGUCAUGUAGUAGUAGCUGAAGGCUGAGCUAAGCCAUGUACUAGUGUACCAUAUAGCUGUACUAGACUUGUAUAUAUACUAGGCAAUGCAAUAGAGCAAAGCAGUUCAGUUGCUGCA